AUGACGAAAACGAAGCAUGCAGAUGUAAAGUCCGCAGUAUCUGAACCCGCCCCUCUUUACAUUGCGCCGAUACCACUUGAUGAAAGUGGGCAAUCUCGUAUUCRACGAGUCCUKAUCACAAAUCGAGGCGAGAUAGCAUGUCGUAUCAUUCAGACCUGUCGAAAGGUCAAUGUGACAGCAAUUGCUGUGUUUGUGGACGAAGACGCAACUUCCCGACACAUCCUGGAAGCCGAUGAAGCCAUAAAACUUGGGCCCAUCGAUCAGAAAGGCGGCAAUCCUUAUUUGAAUAUCGAACUGUUGGUCCAGGUUGCGCUCAAGGCCGGCGUAGAUACCAUUCAUCCCGGUUAUGGCUAUCUGAGUGAGAAUGCUACAUUUGCGGAUGCUGUGCGGGGAGCUGGCAUUGCGUUCGUUGGCCCAAGUUCACAUGCAAUGUCGACGCUGGGCGWCAAGAGGUCGGCAAAGGCUUACCUCAGUGAACACGAUCCAAACGUACCACUAAUCCCCGGCGCUUCAGGCCUCAGCCAACAAGCCGAAGACCUGCAACUGUUUGCUGAAAAGAWUGGCUAUCCGGUUAUGCUAAAGGCCUCGGCUGGCGGAGGAGGAAAGGGCAUGCGGAUUGUCCGGCAAUCCUCGGAAUUCCGCGAGGAAUUGCAGACAGCACAAUCAGAGGCAGCGCGAUUUUUCGGAUCGAGUGAUUGCAUCUUGGAGAAGUAUAUCGAAGCGGGCAAACAUAUCGAGAUUCAGAUCCUAGGCGACCAGCACGGCAAUGUCUUCAGUUUGGGGGAGCGAGAAUGCUCCGUUCAGCGAAGACACCAAAAGGUUAUUGAAGAGACUCCGUCACCCUGGCUUGAUGCGGCCAAGCGCAGUGAGAUGAGUGAAGCCGCAGUGCGAGUGGGAAAGCUGCUCAAAUACGAGAACGCCGGUACCGUCGAAUUUGUGUUUGAUGUUGCCACGGGCAAGUUCUACUUUCUCGAGGUCAACACACGACUGCAAGUUGAGCAUCCCAUCACCGAGGAAGUCACCAGACUAGAUGUCGUGUCUCUGCAGCUGUUUGUUGCUGCGGGAGGAGACCUCUCUACACUUCCGCAACUGCAAUCCAUCCAGCAAGUGGGACAUGCCAUCGAGUGCCGACUAUGCGCAGAGGACCCAAACCGUGACUUUUUCCCAGAGAGUGGGACGAUACGACUAUGGCGACCAGCAACACUUUCUCAGGAAGACGUGAAGCAUGUUCGCUUCGAAUCCGCUGUCCAGACUGGCUCUCAAGUCUCAAUCUAUUUCGAUUCAAUGAUCGCCAAGAUAGUAGUCUGGGCCCCAACAAGAGCACUUGCAAGAGUCAAGCUUGCCCGUGUUCUCGCCGACACUGCAUGUAUCGGAGCGAGGACCAACCAACAAUUCCUACAGAGUUGUCUCGGUAAUGGUGGCUUUUCAGAUCCAGGCUACACCACAAAUUUCAUACCACAGAAUCUCACCGCGCUGCUGGCCCCGCCAUAUCCGCAAGCCACUGCGCAGGUGGUCUCAAGUCUGCCGUUACUCGUUGCAUACGCCUUGGCGGCGUUACCACGAUACUUGCCAGCCAGUGGACAGAGAUCGGCAUUUUCAAAGAUCAGACCUGAAUUCCGCAAUCAGGCUUUUGACAGGAUCAACCGUGCACAACGUCGAAUCAUCGUUCUGCCUGACAAUCAAGCGAAUCUCCAAACAUUCGUGUGUUCAUGGGAGACCAAUAGCGGUGGUGGUGGAAAGGCGGAGCAUGUCGAGGGAUGCGUAGCUCCCCUUCCCAUCCCAGAAAGUUCACCCGCCAAUGCAACUGCAAGAUACAAUACCUUCAGCAACGCGAUCAGGAAAGGCCCACUCCCUGGCGAGCAUCGACACAGCAUCGCGAUCAACUCCUGUACAGUCAACACCAUCACAUCCGGACCUGCGUCAUGGCUCUCUGCUACCCUUGAAAUCUCAAUCGACGGCACAAAUUCAACAGUAUACCUCGCCACAGAGCGACCCGAUAUCAGCUCCGCCAACGCCACACAUACAGGAACACCAAUGCGAGCAAUGUGCCACAUCCCCCGAUGUGGAACGUGGUACGACGCAAAUUGUUACAGCGUUCUAUCAUAUUUUGAAAAUUUGCGGGAGGCUGUUGAAGGGGAUGGAGAGGCUAAGAAGCUCAAAACUGUUACUGCGCCUAUGCCUUGCAAGGUCCUUUCUGUUUUGAAGCAGGAUGGUGAGAGGGUUAAGGCGGGAGAUAAAUUACUUGUUGUGGAGAGUAUGAAGAUGGAAAUUAAUAUCAAUGCUGCUGUUGAUGGGAUUUUUAAGGGGAUGGUGCUGGAGCUGGAUGCUGUUGAGGAGGGGACUGUUUUGUGUGUUGUUGAGUAG